AUGAAGUCCGUUCUCUUCUUCGCGACCGCCGCGGCGGCUGCCGGCCCCUACCUGGCCUGGACCGCCGACUCCUUCACCCAGCACGAGAUCGACAACAAGAAGCCCUACCACUACACCAAGGCCGUCCUCUACGACGGCUUUCAGUCGGCCUACGCUCUGACCAAGAACGAGACCGUCCUCGACUGGUACCGCGGCCGCAUCGACGAGCGCGUCGUCCUCUCCAACGGCAGCAUCGCCAACUGGAAGCCUGGCAGCUACUCCCUCGACGAGUACCGCAUCGGCAACAACAUCCUCUGGUGGUACGAGCACACUGGCGAGGAGAAGUACAAGACUGCCGCCAAGAUCAUCCGCGACGAGCUUGCCCACCACCCCCGUACUGACGAGGGCGGCUUCGUCCACCGUCACCCCAUCUACGACCACCAGAUGUGGCUCGACGGCAUCUUCAUGGCCGACACCUUCUACGCCAAGUAUACCUCCCUCUUCGACAAGAAGAACGCCACCGCCUGGGACGACAUUAUCAACCAGUUCGACGUCAUCGAUCGCCGCACCCGCAACACCACCCUCAACCUCCUGUACCACGGCUUCGAUGAGACCAAGACCGCCGUCUGGGCUCACUCUGAGACCGGUGCCUCUCCUCUCAUCUGGUCCCGUGCCGUCGGCUGGUAUGCCGUCGCCCUCCUCGAGGUCAUCCAGCUCCUGCCCCGCGGCCACCCCGGCAUUGAGAAGUUGAGCGACUACUUCAUCACCCUUGCCGACGGCCUCAAGAACUCCCAGGACGCCUCCGGCGGCUGGUACCUCAUCAUGGACCCCUACUACGUCGGCAACCCCGCCAACUACAUUGAGUCCUCCGCCUCUGCCCUCUUCACCUUUGCCCUCCUCAAGGGCACCAAGCUCGGCCUCAUCCCCGAGCAGAAGUUCUUCCCUGCCGCGGCCAAGGGCUACCAGAAGCUCACCGACUUCGUCACCGAGAACGCCAACGGCACCAUCAACUGGGAGGGCACCGUCUAUGUCGGCUCCCUGAACAGCGACGCCAGCUUCGAGUACUACACCGGUGUCGAGCUGGCCGCCAACGACUACAAGGGUGUCGGCCCCUUCAUGUUCGCCUCGUACGAGUGGGAGACCUACAACCAGACCAAGACCCCCGGUCGUGGUGGCCCCAAGCCUCCCCGCGGCGGCCCCAAGGGCCCUCGCCCCGGCCGCCAGUUCAACCGCCGCUUCCAGAAGACCUACUGGUAG